UUUCUGCAAAUCCUACCCAGAUAAAGCAGCUGUUUGCCACGUCCCGGCGAAGCAGCACUCAUACCAUUCAUGUUCUUUAUCAUCACUUGAACUUAUGAGUAUCUAAAGGACUUAAAGCUGAAAAUGUGACGUCACUUCUGCUUUCAGCCUCUGACAGACCGUGUGGUUAAGUCAGACUGUGAGCGGAUGCAGACGUUUGGGAGCUGAUUGUUGGGAUUUCUAUGCGGCUGCUUUUCUUAUUGGACCCACAAACUCGACUUUUCUUGGGGUCAUAUGGAUCCAUCACCGUGUUACCUGGAAUCUCAUUGUUUUAAUUAUCUGGACGACUAACUGGAGCCACAUGAAGAAUAAAGGGAAUAAGCUCAAGUCCAAAAAGAAAGGAAGUGAAAAUGCGUUCGGCUGUGACCUAAUAGAACAUCUCCAGAACUCAGGACAAGAUGGUAAACUUUUUAUUUGUCUUUCUUUGAAAUCUAAUCAAUCUCUCAUAUCAAAGACACAUGAUUUCUUUGAGCACGCAUUCCACUCUGACACAUAGAUCACCAUUUCUUAAAAAAAUAAAGCUUAAUUAGUUAUUCCCUGGAUGGUCAUGGCUAUAAUCACAGUGACGAUCAAAUUAGGUGAUGGAAUUAAGACCGAAAAAACAAGAGUUUCAUUAUGUAACACACACACACACACACAGGCUCUGAAGUUUAAGACAGCCGCACGUGUUCAAUGUUUAGUAGGAAAAUUUGUUCAACAAUUGGCCGUAUUAAAGGGUCAUUUGUGACUUUGGGUGUGGCUCUUAAGUUUUUUGAGUCAAUUUCCUAUUCCGACUUUAUUUCCUACAAACAGAAAGUCCAGAUGGCGUUCUCGCCCACUGAUGUUUGAAUAUAAUGAUCUACGACAAAGAGGAAUAGAAGCAAAAUGUGUCUGUGAAUAUUCAAAUGUGUACUCAUGUGAGUGUGAAAGGAUCUUAUUCUUCUGUCUCUGCAGCCUGAUUUCUUUCCUCCUUGUUGCACAUCUUGUUCUUGUUCUUUUUUUCACAACUGUUAUCAGUCAUUUUGAGGAGCGCAUCCUGAUAUGUCAAAAAAAAAAGAAGACUGGACAGAAAUCAACCACGUGCUGAGACAUAUGAAUCCUUGAGUUGAGGAUAACUUUAAGGAAGACCUGUUUCAGUGGCCGCUCUAUGAGGCGGAGCUUUGGGUGCAGGAAGUGUGGGGGGGAGGUUUGGGGUGUACCCUUCCAUCAUGGAUGUCCAGGAGACCUAUACUGUGUUUUUUAAUCGUUGGUCUGUUUAGUUUUUACGGUUCAACAACAGAAACAACUAAACACCACUGGAAGCUGCUUAGACACACAGUAGACAUAAAGUGUGAUAAUUCUUAAAUCAAACUGAGAAUGUGUCCCAGAUGGCCACAACGUACAGGCUUUCGAACAUACAGAUCUACUUUGUGGAGUUAGUUGUAGUUGAUCCCAUUUUAGCGUUGUAGUUAAACAGAACAUAUCCCAGAAUGAUUUUGUUUUUGUUUGCUUUUGCUUUUCUUUGGCGAUAAGCUAGCUCUGCAUUCAUGAAAAAACUCUUGAAAAAGAGAAACUUUAACUCCUGAUACUUACCAAUAGUGAGAAAAUGAGGCAUUGGAAAUAGUAAGUGAGGCUGAACAAUAGAAAGUAGAAACUAGCACCUCCUGCCUCGCAGAGACAAAGAGUCGUGAAAAUGAUGUUGUGUAAGAUGUUUAUGACAACUCCACAAAUCAGCAGACCCACAAACAUGUGUCCUCUGAGGAAGAGAAGUGUUACAAACACAUUCACUUUAUCACAACAUCUUGUUCAUGUGCCUCUGAAGUUUUAAAGUCCACAUACAGCUGUUUCACCAUAAAAGAGGUUUCUAAACGCAACAAAAGACAGACUGAAGGCCCAUAAGGGAAUUUUAGCAGCAACUGCAAUUUCAGCAUUUAAAGGAGCACUUAACGUUAUUGCUGCUGACACAAAUAACUUGCAUCUGUUGACUUAAUCAUCCACUGAUUUCAUUUCAAGUGUUAUCAUGAAAUUUCUUCUCAGGCGUGAGUGUUUCCCCUUCUGUGCUGAGACUGCAGGCACUGAUUGAAGGCUCCACAGUGUUAUUUUUUCAUCCAGCAUCUGACCACAGGCACGCCACUUAAAAACCAAUUAAAUCAAAUAGACAACAAUGUAAACAGCAGAUUCCUGCUGUCUGCAGUGGUUAUGAAGAAAUUAAUUACCGCUGAAAUUACUGUUUGACUUUGUGGAAGAUUGAUUUUGUUUGCAAGAUGGUGAGUUUUUAAACUUUGUACAAAGAGACUAAAAAAUUAGGCUUUAAAUGAAACCGCUGCAUGAUUAGCUAGAAUGAAAUCUGAUAAUCAAUUGUUGAAUACACUCCAAAUUUAUCAGUGUUUUGGAUGCAGGCAUCCCACUGAACAUUUUUGGUAAUAGACGUCUAAAUGUAGCUUAGACGACUGGUCUAAAAUCAGGCUACCACAGGUCUAAAAAUGAACGUUUUUUAAGACAUCUAAAUUUAGACCAAAUUUAGACUAAAUCUAAAACUGGGCUUUAUCUAUACUAUACUGUAUGUUGCUCAAUGGCUUUCAUAAUUCUUUUGGUUAAGUAUUUGGAGAUCAGUUAUACAACGCACAGUUGCUUUUUGAAAUAAAUAGUUAUUGAAUAAUGGUUUAAAGUGCAAUGCCUAAAAAUAUACAGAAUCUAGACAGUUAAAAUUAGGUCCAAAAAAAAAAACUAGAUGUCUAAUAGCGGUCUAUUGCUGAGUGGGAUAUCUAUGGGGUAUAGAGUAUCAAACACAUUUACUUAAACAGGUGAUCCCCAAAGCCAAAGAUGACAUUCUUCAAGAUUUGUUCACAAAAUCGAAACCCAGUUAACUGCCACAAAGAAGUAAAAAACUCAGACCCAUUUCAUGAUUAUAAAGCCUGAUCUGAUCAUCUUAAAAAUCAAUAUUUUGCAGUAGAUUAUUAAUCAAUCAUUGUUAAAAGCAACCUUAUAUAUCACGACUAAAGGAUUUAGAAAUGUAGGAAAUCAUCAGGAAUUAAAAAUCCUUUUUUAUUAUACAAAACAUAGCUUUUAUUCUGGGGUGCGCUGUAUUGUUCAAACUCACAUCAACACAUACUCAGACACUUUUUCCUACUUUGUAUUAUGCGCAGCUUAAAGGUUAACAAUCUAUUUUUUUGUCUAUGAAAGAACCUGAAUGUGUCAGAGGCUAUGAAUAGCUUUAUUUUUUAUGUUUUAGACGAUACAAGCAGCUGUUUGGCUGUAGGCCUUUACAAAAAAAGACUCUGAUGCAGUCAAAAAAACAACAUUCAGAUUGAGAAUCAGCUUAUUUUCCAUAUACGCUUGGUUGCAAUCAAUAGUUAGUAAAUGGUUAUGUUUAGACAGAAGCAGAGCAUGUGAUUUAGCUCUAAAGCCUCAGUUGGAUCUUUUCAGAUUUCAAAAGUGCAGACAAACACUGUUGUGUACAGAAGGUGAUGAACUGUGGUACAGAAAGCUGUGUACAGUCGGUGAGUGGUAACAUUUCAAAAGCAGUUUUCUAUUAGAGGAAAUGUCGUAAGUUAUACCAGCUACAAGGACUGGGUGUGUCAACCUUCCUCUGAAACAAACAAACCAUUUUUAACUUCCUGUCAAAGUCCACCUACAAUCAGCGGCCCUGAGGAAUACAAAACAGACAUGGUAGAACAAACCCCAUACCAUGAAGCCCGUCUUACAGCAAGUGCAUUGUUACUGCUGAAACACUGCUUUUACUGUAGCUUCCUUCCCCCUCUGUUAGGGUCUAAAUGUGCUCAUCAAGUCCAGAGAUCUCACAUGUAAUGGAAAAGAGCUGAAACAGUAGGAGUUAAAUGUUCGUAUCUUGUUCUGUAUGACUAAUAGGAUUUCCUAACUUCAGUUCCUCAGGUUCUGAUUAAAUGUGCAGAGUUUAUCGAGGAGCAUGGGAUUGUGGACGGGAUCUACAGACUGUCAGGGGUCACCUCAAAUAUCCAGCGUCUCAGGUACUUGUGCAACAAGAAAAAACCUCAAGUCUCAGAAAAUAUCAAACAUUGUGGGCUACAGCACAUGAGCAUAAAGAUGUUAUCAUUUUUAAGAAUUCCUGGAGAAGUUAUGUCACUUCCUUUCAAUGUUAGAGGGCUAAGCUCUGGUUGUACUUCUUCAAGGAAAUCCAUUCCGUAUUACGUUUAGGCCCAAGUAAACCUAGACUUACUUUUAGCCCUUGUGAACUGAUUUCUAACUUUGUGAUACCACUCUGGGUCAACAUACUGAGGCUGGUAUAAGCCCAACUAAGUUUUUAUCUAUAAGCAACAAAGAGAGAGCCAGAGAUUUUUUAGCAUCUUUGUUCAUGUCUGUAUUUUGCUGGGAAAACUUCAGAGUGAUCUUAAAAAUUACCACAAAAUGCAAAUGUGUGUUAAAUAAAGUAUUCAGCUAACUUUGUGUAUAUAUGUGUGUGUCUGUGCUUGGUGUGUGCAGGCAGGAAUUCUGCUCAGAGGCGUGCCCUGACCUUACAAAGGAAGUGUACCUCCAGGACAUCCACUGUGUGGGUUCCUUAUGUAAGCUGUACUUCAGGGAGCUUCCUAAUCCUCUGCUUACAUUUGAGCUAUACAGCAAGUUUACCGUGAGUACAUUCAAGUCAUAUUUGUAAAAACAGAAAAAAUAGAGGGAUAGCGCUGACGGCAUUGCAGAUUUACUCAAAUGUUUCUAAAUAGUGAAUUAUAACAGUCAAAAGGGCAUCUAAAACCACAGACGUCAAUAAGAAGUAUUGAUUCCACAUGGCCCUUAGUACUCAGUGUUUUUGGGCGAGCACUCUGUAAACCAUAUUAAAAUCAUUUCACAACUGUGACCUCAUGCUCAGAUCAUGGCUGAACAUUACUAUUAGCAGAUGUUAGCUGAACUUAAAGUAUUGAAUACACUGUGUGAUAUUAUAAUACAAAAACGUUAAUUAUAAAGAUAGUAGUUGUUUCUAAAAGUUUUAAAACUGCAUCCUGAAAAUCAGAAAAAGAUGUUCCUGCAUAUACUGUGUAACAGAACUGACUGAUCUGUUUUAACAUUUAUGCUUCUGUUCUUGUGAGCUUCCUCAUUGCCACGCCGGUCUUAUAAAGAAUACGUCCUCAAGCGCAGAAGAGUUUGGCUUAGAGUUGAAAGGAAGUCCGAGAAGAAACGUUAAAUUUAUUGUUAUAAACUUAGGAUGACAGUCUCUACGGCAAGUCCUGGAGAGAAGCUGUGAAGCUGCAUUUUCUAGGACGAACUUUGUAUUUGAAAGAUACUUAAGAGAAGUGCAGGGGAGGAGGAGGAAACUGAAAUACCAAACUUUUGAGAGCUGCUUUCAUUCAUGCUUUCUGUGGAGCUCUCUGUGUACAUUGCGCAGCCAUUUGCAUACCUUGGCAGUCAUACAUCUCGUGCUGCUCGGGACUGAAAACUCCAACGCUCCAGUGUUUUAGGAACAAUCAGUUCCUCAUAUGGCCCAGUGUUUCAAAAACAUCGCUUUGGUUAUGAAUGUUUCUGAUUAGAGGGAAGAAGUUAACUCUCCAUGUGCAUUUUUAGCCAGUGAUUGGUGUUGUGUAUAACUGAUUAAAACUCUUCUCACCUCUCUAUUGAUUUUAAACUGAAAUGGGAUUUAUGGUGUGGUUUUCUAUUAAAUCUUUGUGCUUUGAAAAUAAGACAAAAAGCAAAAGCAUGUUUUUAAACCACCUAUUGAUGCUGACACCCUCACAUGUGAUCAGUAAACAGAGCUAACAGGCUCUGCUCUUUGGGCCUCAGUCACAUGAGUUUGUUUGUGCGCACGCCAGUGUGUCUGUUUAAAUUUGUCCAGCAGGGAUAACUGGGUUAGGACACUAUAGCUGUAAAUACAGUAACUUUACCCUAAUCAUGUUUUACCAGCAACUUGGGAAAAUUGAUAUGUUUACCUGAGGGUGUGUGCGGGUUUAGAAAACAAAUUUGGUAUCAUUAUCAGACAGUAUUUUAGCACAAGCAGAAGGACUCGAUGUGUAUUUGCUUUUGGAUAACUAAUACAAAUAAUUUAGGAUCAAACCUUUUUUCUAAUUAUAAUCAUGAUCAGACAUCAACAAGAACAUUUGUGGCCAUGCAAAGUGAUCAUUCAUGACUGCCUGAAUAUAAUUUUUAAUAUGAACAACAUUUCGAUGUGUAGGAGGCAGCCUCAGUCCAAGGGGAUCAUGAGAGACUUUUGUACAUUCAGCGGAUCGUCAAAGAGCUGCCAACUCCUCACUUCAGGUGAGUUAAAGCCAAUGGCAGUUAAGGUACAGUUUACAACCUAUAACCAAAACUGUUGUGAUGGAUCUGACAUGAAGUAUUUGUAAACUGUCUUCAGGACCCUGGAGUACCUCACUAAGCACUUGACCCACCUGGCCACAUUGAGCAACCAGACCAACAUGCAUACACGGAAUCUGGCUCUGGUCUGGGCUCCAAAUCUUCUAAGGUAAAUAAUAAUGAUGUAUCAUUUUGGGACUAAAAUGUAUUUGAAUUUUUUUUAACACUUAAUUGGUUUCUUAUUUUCAUUUUUAACCAUUUCAGAUCUAAAGACAUCGAGGCAUCAUCUACGAAUGGAGACAUGGCUUUCCAGGAGGUGCGGAUACAACAGUCAGUGGUUGAGUUUAUUCUCAACCAUACACAGCAGAUCUUCAGCGGCAACACUGCUCAAAUCAAACCCAAAGACGGUAUGACAUUCACAUGCUGAUUGUUUAAAACAGAUUCAAUUUUCUCAUAUUUGUCAACUUCCUAUUGAAAUAACUGACUAUAUUAUGUACCCCAUCAGGACCGAGUCUGAUGUGUGGAGAGAAGUAUGCCACACUCCCAAUCAGCACUCAGGGUGGACCGAUGAAGCUGAUGAGUCUGGAGGAAGCCCAGGCCCGCUCCUUAAGUCCGAACCAUCCAGUGCACAGAGAACGCCAGCGAGAGAACAGCCUGCCUGAUACCAGCACUGCAACACUCUACCACACCGUCAUAGACAUAUCGGACAGCAAGUAUGACGGAUCAGAGUUCAGUCUUUUCAUCCAUUAUCAGUGAAACUUAAUAACAGAAUAUAGAGCGCUUGGUGCUUAUCAGUUCAUUGCUGUCAGGAGAGCCCUUGAUUUAGUUAUCUCUUUUUUUGUUUGUCAGGAGAAAGUUCUCUGGGAAAUCAAAGAAAUGGAAGUCCAUCUUUAACCUGGGACGCUCCGUGGACUCAAAGGGGAAACUCAGCCGCAAUGGCAGUGUGUUCAUAAGAGCACAGGGAAUAAAAGGUAACUGUGAACAAACAUGCACAUUCAAUUGGGAGUUACUAUUUAUACAUGUUGUUCCCUCAGGCUUAGAUAUGAAGUUCAAUUUCAGGAUAGCUAACAAUAGUGAGGAGCAGAUAUGACGUUGACAAUCUCAGUGGCGAUAAGAAAAAUCCUGAAAAAAAAGCCUCACAGAAAUAUUCUCUUUUGGCUUCUGCACUUUCUUUUGUCCGAGCAACAACCAGAGGUGUUGAAACAAAUCCAACAAGACAGUGCAAAAUAAAACUAUGUUUCCUUUAGUGUCUUUUUACGGCUGGCUUCAAAAGCCAUGGAGACUCCACUAACAGUCAUUUUAAAAUGCCCAUUUUUUAAUGCCUAAACUAAACAUGUCUAAUGCCUGGUACAAAAAAAAAAACUGUUUCGGUUUUAAUUGCAAUGCUACGCAAGGGGUCAUUUUUUUUUAGAGACUCAUCAGUUAUUAGGGUUUGGAGUUUGGGUUAAUUAGGCAUAACAAGGGAUGUGACUGACUUGACUGACAGGCUGACCUCAACUCCACCUCUGCAGUUUCCAGAUUGAUCAAAAUUUGGGUUUAGUCAACUUUUCCAAUAUGGCUACCAUCAUGGGUGGGCAUAAAGCCUACCCAGAAAUCAAUCAGAGGUUUCACUGAGACUAUUUUAUACAGUCUAUGGUUUUGUCAGAGUAAUAACACUGUUUUUUGUUGUUUUGUUUUCAUUAGAAAAGGCAGCUCUCCGCCCAUCCAGGAGCAUGGAGUCCCUAUGCUCUUUACCAACAGGUGAGAAUCAAUUCUAGAUGUAUUCAUUCUUCUUACUCCUCACACUAUUUGAGUAAAUUGCCAGUGUUUUUUGAUAUUUGUUAUUUAUGCUGCUCAGAUGAUGACAGAACAGGAACCAACAGCUCAUCUGGUGGAGCCAGCAGUAUUUUGGCUUCAGAUGUCAAAUCCAGAACUCUGGGCUCUGACUCGCUCUUCGAUCUGGGUGAACACGAGCAAACCUGGGAGUUUAAAGGGAACAAAACAGGUGGGACUAUAGGGGACUGGACCUCAAGCAUGAACCAAAGGGGCUCACCGGGUGCCUCUACAGCCCCUCAGAAAACACUGCCAGAGCAACUGAAGGUGUUUAAAGGUGAUGACCUCAGCGGCUACCGGCCCACCUCUCCCAAAAAUAGAAGGAUGUUAUACUCAGGAUCCUCCCAUAACAGCUCCUCUCGACCCUCCUUUCCGGGAAGCUUCUUCCCGCUGGAGUCUUCGCCGAGGCAUCAGCGUAGAGCUGUCAACAUAUCUGAGCCUUUUGCAGUGUCUGUACCCCUGCGCGUAUCAGCGGUUAUCAGCUCCAACAGCACGCCAUGCAGGGGACCUGCCAAGGACAAAGCAGCGACUCUGAAACCCAAAGAGAGCUCUGAGCAGAGCAGCAGCAGUGGAAAGAGCAACACCUUCCCCCUAAUGGAAACCAAGCGGCAGGAAGGAACAGAGAAGAAAAACACUGAGGAGCUGGUCUGCACAGUCCCGUUGGAGGGUGAGGACAUCUAGAUCUGGUUUCAUAAUGACUGGUGACAUUACAUUAGUGAAUCAGAAUUGUUUGAUUAUAUUUCAUAAAAAUCUUAAUUCUGAAUUCAGGGACAAGCAAAGGAGUGGAGCAAGAAGGCCAAGGAGGGAAGAACAUUUCUGAACUGGGACCAGAGUCACUUGGAGAUGCAACACAAAGAAAAGCUGCAGCGCCCUCUCCUGGACAAGAUCUUCAAAACCAGCCUGCAGCUGUGCAACUGGUAACUCAUGCAGCUUGUUGUGUUCCACUGGAGCAGAGAUACAGUUUUAUCUUUUCGAUUCAAAAACAGCAUUACGUACAUAUAUGCAUUCAUUUAGUUCUAAAGUGUAAAGAGAAAGAAGACAAAGAUAAUAAAAUUACAAUAAAAUAGGUUAAAAGAAAUACAAAUUUAUGUAAGAAAUGGAUUAUCAACUCUACUACUUUUAUCAAAACAAAUCACUGAAAGCUGCAAUCCCACUCAGUUCAAUUGUUUCUCUUUCUGUAUCAUCUCUUCUUUCCUAGGACAAAAAACUUUUAAAGAAAGAGCCGUGGUCUGACCUCCACCAGGAGCUGAAAAUAACUGAACCUGAAAUUGACCUGCUGGACGAGACUUUUCAACCUGUUUUUGGCUCCAAGAGCACUUCUGAGGUCACAAAGUUAACGAUGGAUGUAAAGUCAAAGCGAAGUCGCAGCUCUCCGUCUCUGUCUCUGUUAUUUAAGGAGCAGGCUUUCAACACCUCUCUGAGCGAUCACGCUAUCACUGCUAGAUCAGAUACUGCGAAGAAACUGCCCUCUGAGUCGGACAUCUCAUUUUCUAUUCAUACAAACACAGAAAAUAUCUGCGCUGCGGAUCUGUUGGAUUGCAAAGAGACACUGCAGCCAAGAUCUGUGCCCUCGAGCAAAGAUGAUGCAGCCAUCACCAAAGAGAGCCGACUUCCUCUACAGGAAACCUGUUGUUUAGAUAAAGCCAUAAAUCCUUUGACAGUGAAGGAAAACCCAACAGUUGAAGGCCCCACAGCAGCAGACGACAUCAAAAAACAAUCAAAUAAACCUGAAGUCCCUCAAAGUGACGCAAACUUCUCACAAGACGCAAAUAAGAUCGAAGUGAUUCCUGAACUGGAAGUGAUUCAGAGGCUGUCCGUGUGUUUGGAGGAGAAGCGAAACACUUUGGAGCUGCCAGUGCUCGACAAUGACGAAGGAAGUGGAGGGAACUCAGAGGAGCUAGACUUAGUGGAGCCCUGGGAGGAUCUUAGCUCCACCAAGCAGUGGGUCACCAGUCCUCUACACUCACCUGACAUCGAGGAGCUGUUUCAGAAACUGUCCCCCUUCAGCUCACAAGGGGAGUCUCCGAGUCUGAAAGGAGGAAAGACUUCAUCUACCCCAGAUGCUGAAACCCAACAAUCUCUCAUUAAGAGCACAGAGCACUUGUCAGGAAAUCUUCCUCAGAGUGCCGGCAGCAAACCGGAGAAUAAAUGGACAUAUUGGCCAUCAGUCCCUACACGGGUUCGAGCGAACAGCAGUAAUGAAACACAGCUUUAUGCAGGAAAAAGUGGCACAACAAAACAGAAGAAUACAGUGUCAUCUCAGAGGUUCUACAGGCAGAUGUCUCAUGAAGCAGUCGCCCCGGAGAAAAGGGAGGAAAGCUUCUUCUCUAAACAUCGUCCAUACUCACUAAAUUUAGAUCUAGGGCAGCGGUGCAUCAGGGACAUUUCUAAUCAGCAGAAUCGCAACUCAUCAGAGUUCUCCUCGUGUAAGAAGGGAUUACAGAUUUCUCCUGGGACUGUAAACAACGGGCUUCCCUCAGAGCUGGAGCUGUUUCUCAGUGAUCGACAAGCACCCCUACGCAGAAACUCAGCCCCGGUCAGUGUGUCGUCAGUCAGAACAGCCUUCAUGAUUAAAACAUGUCAGGCCAAAGCCGUGCCUGUCGUCCCUCCAAAGGUGCAGUACAGUCAGAUCCCUCCCUCCAGACAGGAGAGUGACUGCAAAGAAGUGAAAGAACAAGAAAAGGAGCGUCCUAAAAUGAUUGCAGAGAAAAGCAAUAGUUUGCCUCCUCCCUUAAUGUCAGAUCUAAAAGAGGAACUAGAGAAUAAAGAGCCAGUUCACAAACCCCAAAAACACACCCAUGUGGGGAAUGGUGCCGAUUCUGUGAAGACCACGUCAACUGCAGAGUUGCCGGUCAUAAUGAGGAGACACCCACCCAGCUUGGAGGUGUUUGUAGACUGUCCCAGACCCAACAGGGGAAACAUCUUACAAAGACCAUCCUUCAGGAACAGACAGAGACCACAGAGUCUCAUCUUGCUCAGCCCCCCUUUCCCUAUCAUGGACUACCCACCGUCAGGAGAUGACGGCCGGCUCCUUUCUUCCAUCAGGAGUCUGAAUGAAGCAUCAGCAGGAAACACAUUCGCUAAAGAGAUGGCUGAGAACUUCAGGACGCCGGAGGGGAUCCCUCCUCAGAAUAAAAUGACUCUUCCAAAAAGUGGACAGAGACUGGAAACAUCAACUAGCUGCUUCUAUCAGCCCCAGAGGAGGUCCAUGAUAUUUGACAGCAGGAGCCACCGACAGAAUGAGUGACUAGAACUUCAGACUCGGACACUGAGUGUAUAUACAUGGACACAGUAUGAAAGGAAACUGAAGGGAGGACAAUAUGGAGAUCUAGUUUUAAUCCCAGCAUUUGUUUGCUAUGAGUCCAGUAUUUCUGGAGAACUUUUUAACCAUUGGUUUAGAGGAGGACUUAAGGAAGUCUGGAUGUAUGUAUAAGACAUCUAAAGUUAACCUACUGCUGCCCCCACUAUUUUUCUAUUAUUCUCCAAGCAGGGCUCCAUUUUUUUAAUCAUGAGACUCACUCUUUGGUCUGUAAAAUCUGAUAGAGUAAUUUCAGUUUUCUGACACUAUUUCUUAAUGCCUUGAAAAAACAAACAAAAAAACACAACAGAGUAGUAAAUACGAUACCAAAAAAUAUGAUCCUGUUUAAUUUAUUCUGCAUUCAAUAUCACUACAUUUUCAAUUUUUCUGUAUAUUUAGUUACCAAACGACUUGCUGCAGUAAAACCAGAUGGUCAGAUUGAAAGGUUGUUGUUUAAACCUUCAGUAAUGUAGCUUUGACUGGACAAACAGAAAUGACAGAACAAGGUCCAGUUCAACUGCAUGCAGAGGCGCACACACUUCCUUAUGAUUACACAAGUAGAAACACUGCACCUUCGACUGAGAAAUCAACACAAACCCAUCAGCAACUGGGAGAUAAUUCACUAAAUUGCGUCAUUUUCUUGGAAAUAAUAUUCAUCAGUAAUUAUAAAUAAUCAUUUAAAGAAUGAAAUAUGAAACUUUACAAUGUCUGAACACUAAAAGCUAUUAUUCUAUUUAUGACAGCAUGUCUAUCUUCAAAGGAUGCCAUGCACAAAGUAUUUUUUGUGCCCAGUUCUCUCUCUUACUGACGAAAAUGUUAUACAACACUUUCAUCUUCAAAAUAAGAUGUGAGAUGUUUUUGGGUGAAAACAACAACCUCAACAUUUUUGUUAAACCUUGGUUUACCAGUUUAGAUAUUUCUCUAACGACUACUUUUGUCAUUUUAACUGAAUCAAAACAGUCACCAGCAAAUCACCAAACAUUGCUUGCAUCAUGUCAGAGAUUUGAGGGUUUUUUAUAUAUUUCUGCAAUUUUUCUGUCCUUGAGUGUAUCAGGGCGACUCCAAUCCUCGAUACACAACAACAAAAACUAACACAUUGUACCACAAAAGAUGACCCUCUUUUACCACAAACAUGUCUGGUUUAGACAUGACAACAGAAAGUUUACAGUGAAGGCAAAAUGCUAAAUAACUGACAAACUCUUAAACAAUGUCACAUGAGAUGUUUCUUCUUAUUUAUCCCUUUAUUAGCACAGUAAGAGGUAAACUUGAUACCAUUAGUUAUACUGUAUGUUGGCUCUGUGACAGACUGAUGUCAAUGUGAACUAAUAUUUAAAAGAAAACUUCUUUUUUAAUAUAUCUCAAGACUUUUCAGUAUUAUUACGCCACAGAAGGACUUAAAUUCAUGUGUAUCUGUUUUGUCUGUAAGGACUUUGUGUUUCAUGAUGAUUUUAACGUUGUGUAUUGAUUUUGAAUAUAGUAUGUAAAGUUAACUGGAGGUUGUGUGUGUGUGUGUGUGUGCACGCUGACUGUAUUUGAUGGUGCUUUGCGUCAUGGUCAGACGGUCUCUCCAGGUUUCCGUUUCUUUUCUUUACAUGUUCCAAACACGGGAUCUAAUGUGUUCACUUUUGUGCGAUUUUGUGGGUGAGCUCCCAGGAACAUGGCAGAGUUGGGAUGUCAGAGAGGUGUACUUUCCCACAGUGGGUUGUUUUGUAAACUGCUGUUUGGAUGAACUGGACGAAUUAUCAGAUACAAAAUAAAGAAGUGUUUUUUUCUAUUUGUUAUGUAACUGUUGUAUAAUACUGAAAAAAGAGAAACUGUAUUCAUAGGAGGAAUAAGUGAACUGAUAAAUCCAAGUUUUCUUUCGAUCAUCUGAUGACAGCAUCUGAGGUGAUGUACAUAAGACACAUGAUGAGUUUUGUUACAACAGAAAGUUAUGGGAAUAAAAUGCUCUGAAAAUCACA